AUGAGUCGAUUGAAUACAUCAUUGAAAUAUAAAUUUAAUUGUUUUUAUAUCCGAUCGCGUUUUUAUUCAAAACUUAAACAAUGUAAUUCAACACAUUGUCAAAUAUUGAUUAUUACUGGACUUCUUGUAGUUUUUAUUAAUGAAGUUUUACUUUAUCAAUGGGCUCGUCUUAAUUGGCCAAAUAUUGAAGAAAUAGCAAAAAAAUCAUCUGUUGAAAAACUUCUUCUUGUUGCUGAUCCACAAUUAAUUGGUGAAAAAGAUGAAGGUAUUUUGGGUUUUAUAACUAGAAGAGAAGCUGAUCGAUAUCUUGCUAAAACUUUUGCACAAGCAAAUGCUUAUGUUAAACCAGAUUGGAUUGUUUUUUUAGGUGAUAUUUUUGAUGAAGGUUUAUCAGCAUCUGAUGAUGAAUUUAAACGAUAUUUUGAGAGAUUUAAUCUAAUAUUUGAUUAUAAAAAUCAUGAACAACGUUAUAUUAUUAUUCCAGGUGAUAAUGAUGUUGGCGGAGAAUAUUAUGGUGAUAGACAACCAAUAUUAAGAGAACGUUUUCGAAAUUAUUUUGGUCGUAUAAUUGCUUUAUAUCAUCAAAAUGAUAUUGAAUUUUUAAAAUUAGAUAUGGAUAUGUUUGAUUCAUUUACAGAAGGAAAACAUAAUACAAUAAUGGAACAAAUACAAAAUCGUCCGAUGACAGCAAAUUUUCGUAUUAUACUAAAUCAUUGGCCAAUAUUAACACGUACUGCUCGUUUUAUAAAACCAUUUAUCAAUGAAUUAGAACCAAAUAUUAUUCUCAAAGGUGAUAGUCAUCAUUUUUCUAUAAUAUCAUAUGAUCGUAUAAAUAUGAUAAAUAAAUAUCUAGCUAAAGAAUCUCUUUCACAAUCAAUUUUUUCAUUAGAUUUAAAUCAAAAAAAUUUCGUUUAUGAAAUAUCAGUUCCAACAUGUUCAUAUCGAAUGGGUGUUCAACGUAUUGGAUAUGUUGUUCUUUUACUUGAUAGUGAAAGUAAAACUGCUCAUCUGACAAUUCUUUCAACACCAAAAAGAUAUAUAGCUUUAUAUGUUUAUUUAAUUUAUGGAAUACUUGGAAUAAUUUUUAUUAUUCUAACUUCACUUUUUUCACGACGAAAUCUCAUUCGAUUGGUUAUGUUUUCGCGUUUAAUAUAA